UUUUCUGGCUCUGCUUUGUCAUGGACAUGCAAGCUUCUAAUGGUUCGUACUUGUUUUCCUACGCUAUGUGAUAUGCUCGCGCGUUAAAUUACAUCGUAAUUUAUGAUUCUGGGACUGAAUACUUUACACAGGAUAUGGUGUAUCUCCAAAGAGAAACUUCUUCUUUUGAAACAUGUUUCCCAGUGGAAAAGGAAUGGAUAUUUGUAUGAAUUCAGUGUAUGCUUCCAUCCCUGGAUUACCGGAACUAGGGAUGGUAUGGAUGGGAGAUAUGAUGGUACAUGGAGAACCUACACAUGAACUUAUGUUGGAUCCACGUCAAGCUGAAAGUCCUUUUUUUCCUCAUGGUUCAAAUCCAUAUGAAAAUAUUAGAAAUCACCAAAUCGCACCUACAACUAUGGUACGAUAUCUACCACCUCAGUUCCCUAAUGAAUGUUCAGAGCCUGAUGAAGCUGUGGAAGCUGUCGAUUCCCAGGAAAUACAACAGGAAUAUGAUUCACAGUCUGAAAGACAAGAAAUGACUGAAUAUUUGACAUUAGAAGAUUACAUUGGUGACGAAGAACGAGAGCAAGUUGUAAACAAUGCAGCAACACAAACUACUCAGGAUAAUCGCAAUAGGAAAAUAAAACCUAUAAAGCAUCCUGGAUUGGUUUUAAAAACACCAAUUGCAUAUCAACCACAUACAGAUUUAAAUUUUAUUCCCAUUCGUAAGGAUGGUAUAGCUGUUUGCGAAAAAUGUGGUGCUAUUGGUGUGAAACAUGCAUUUUAUACUAAAGAACGACGAUUUUGUAGCAGAGCAUGUGCAAGAUCUUCAGAACAUACAGCUCCUACUGCUGAUUCUACAUAUAGUCCAUCACAUUCUGUAGAGGCACAUGCAUCUGUAAAUUCAACUUCUCCAAAUGAAUCUAAAUUAACAAAGAAUGUCAUAGUACAAGAAGAAACAGACAUAAAAGAAUCUUUUGAACUAGAGAAAGAGAAAGUUAUAUCAGAACCAGUAAUGCCGGAGGAUUUACCUGUAAGAAGAAAAAGAACUGCUGAAAUGGCAGGUUCUUAUGAUUGGACCCCACAAUUGACAGAACCUGGAUUUUGUGCUGCUCCAGUAUCUUGUUUUAAACAUGCACCUAUAUCAGAAAUAUGGGAUAAUAUCACAGUUGGUAUGAAAGUAGAGGUGGAAAAUACUGAUUGCGACGAAGUAUGUGAAGCUUUCCCAGAUUCCUUUUGGGUUGCUACUGUGUUACGUAUAUCUGGAUAUAGAGCUUUGUUAAGGUAUGAGGGUUUUGGACUCAAUGAUGAUAAAGAUUUUUGGGUAUCUUUGUGCUCGAAUGACAUACACCCUGUAGGUUGGUGUGCAACCAUUGGAAAACCUCUUAUUCCACCUAAUACAAUUGCUGAUAAGUACAAAGACUGGAAGGAUUUUCUAAUGAAACGAUUGACAGGUGCAAGAACACUGCCAACUAAUUUUUAUAAUAAAGUUAACGAUAGUAUGAAGUCGCGUUUUAGAUGUGGAUUUCACUUGGAAGUCGUAGAUAAAAAUAGAAUCUCGCAAGUAAAAGUAGCAACGAUACAAAAAAUUGUGGGUAAACGAUUACAUGUACGAUACUAUGAUUCACCACCCGAAGACAAUGGCUUUUGGUGCCACGAAGAUUCUCCUCUUAUACAUCCUGUUGGGUGGGCAAAACGGGUAGGACAAACGUUGGAUGCAUAUCCUGAAUAUUUAGAACGUGUGUCAAAAUCAAAAUUGUGUGAAGACGACGCAACUGAAGACCUUUUCUAUGUGCCAAAGAACCAUCAUGUACAUCUUGGAUACACAUUUCGAGAAGGAAUGAAAAUAGAAGCCAUUGAUCCUCUUAAUCUCUCUGCCAUAUGCGCAGCAACAAUUAUGCAAGUUUUAAAAGAAGAUUAUAUAAUGAUCCGUAUAGAUAGUUAUGAUGAAGAUGCAAGUGGUGCUGAUUGGUUCUGCUAUCAUUCAUGUUCACCUUGUAUUUUUCCAAUUGGAUUUUGUUCUCAACAUGGAUUACCACUUACACCACCAAAGGGCUAUGAUCCUACUACAUUUACAUGGGAUACAUAUUUAACAGAGACGAAUACUAUACCCGCUCCUGUGCAGUUAUUUAAUAGGGAAAUACCUCAACAUGGAUUUAUUGAAGGAAUGAGGCUUGAAGCAGCUGAUUUAAUGGAUCCUAGAUUAGUUUGUGUUGCUACUAUUACUAGGGUGAUUGGAAGGUUAUUAAGAGUACACUUUGAUGGUUGGGAGGACGAAUAUGAUCAAUGGCUAGAUUGUCAGAGUCCUGACAUUUAUCCAGUUGGAUGGUGUGAUUUGGUUGAUCAUAAAUUAGAAGGGCCCCGUGUACUCAAUAAAAACACUAGUCCUACUGUAAAAUCACCAAGAGGCCUUAAACGUAAAGCUAAGAGAAAAGUGAAAAAAAGCAACAAAGUAUCUUGCGCGAAAAACAUUCUACCUCGGCACAGUGAACGUAUUAGUACGGCUCGUGAACGCGAACGAGAAGUAGAGCCAGCCCAAGGAAUAAAAAUCGAAAGAGAACGUGACUUGGAAAGCUUACCAGAACAAAGAAACAGGGAACCAGAACCAGCAGAAGAACCAGCUGGACCUGAUCAAACUUUACCUAGUCCUACCACUGGACAAGGUCAAGCAUUAAAUGAUACUCAAAGUGAGAUACAAAGCCCUCCACCACCAAAAGAACGAAUUGCUACGUCGUACAUUAAUGUAACGUCUGCUUCUAGCAAAUACAUCCCAAGGCUAGCAGAUGGUGUUCAAAAGAGUUCUGAAUCUGGUGAUUUAGUGCCAUCUGAGUGGAAUGUGUUUGAUGUUGCACAAUUUCUUCGUGUUAAUGAUUGUGCAACAUAUUGCGAUAAUUUUAGUAAACGUAAGAUAGAUGGAAAAACUCUAUUAACACUCACUAAGGACCAAAUAAUAGACCUAACCGGUUUUAAAGUUGGGCCUUCUUUAAAGAUAUAUGAUCUUAUUCAACAAUUGAAAAUCAAAGUGAAUCCAGCUCAGGAAAGGUUGAAAUUAGGAUUGAAAAAAUUAUUAUAACAAAGAUAGUACAUAGAUAAUACCAUGAAUAAGUUCCAUCAUUGCAUACAAAUAAACAUGGAUUUACAGGUAAGGCAUAUAGAUGCAAAUAAUUAAAAAUUCAUAUUUCAUCAUGGUUAUAUACAGUAUUUGUUAUAUACUUUAUUAAUAAAAUGUGUAUGUGUAUGUAUAUAAAUAUACAUAUACAUAUAUGCAUACACAUAUGAAAUUAGGGAAAGGUAAAGGUAGAGAUCCUGCUCUAUCACUUAGGAUAUAAAUUUGGAAAGAAUACCAUUUAUUUAAAAGAGAAAAAGAAAAAAGCCACAAAAAGACAAAAGUAUGAGAUAUUUUGUUUUGGAAAAUAGUUAAAUAUUAUAAAUUAAAAAUAUAAUUUGAAACUUAUUUAUUUAUGCAUUUAUACACGUUCAUUGGGGGUUAGGUUAAAAUUGGUGUUUGAUAAAAUAUUAGUUUUAAUUUGAAUGUUUUUCAUAAAAUCAAUUCUUACAAAAUCUGACUAUCUGUAAAUUACUUUUUGACGUAACAGAAAUUGGAAUACCAAACUACUUCUUUGUAAAUUAAAAUACAAUACAGUAGUUAUUUUAAUGCUUGCAAAUAGAUAAAUGAAUUCCAGAACUGAAUGAAACAUAUUUAAUACAUAUUUAUAAUUUCAUGGAGCUUGGACUAAAACUAACGUGGUAUUUGGUAGAGAAUACAAGAUUUAUUUUAUAUUAAUAUUUACAUGUAUAUAUAAAUUUCUACAUAAAAUAUCAAGAGAAAUUCAUGCAUACAUAUUGCAUUUAAACAUUCUUAUGUAUAUCAGAAGUUAUUUUAUUAUUCUGACAACAUUUCUUUUACAACGCCGUUAUUUGUAAAUCCAUGCUUUCACAUUGCACUAAAUUGAUUACAGAUGCAUGAACCACAUUAAGAAAAAAGAUACUAAUGUAUAUUUAAAGAUUUUUUUAAACAAACAGAAAGUUAAAGGGUGUAAUUUAAAAGGGGAAAAAUUUAGAAGUAAAUCAACAAAGAUAUAUAAUAUUUAAUAUGAAAAGUAAAAAAGAAGGUAGUAAAAAUAAAUCAUAAAGUACAAAUUAGUUUCCGAGUAUCAAUUCAUUACAGCUUCAAUCAUAUUUGCCUUGACGAUAUCAUUCGCAAUACUAAAUUAGUUUUAUAUAUUUUAAUAGAUUUGUUGAUUUACUCUCUACUGUAAUCAAGAGCUACGCGUCUGUACAUAAUUAAAUAAAAAACGGAACGGUCAACUUCUAAUCUUGUAAAUAUAGCAUUUAGCACAGUAUUAGGUUUAGCUCAUUUUUUUUUGAAAAAAAAGAGGAUAAAGAGAAUGUAACCACAGUGUAAAAGAAGCAUAACUAUUAGAAAGUGGUUGAUGCAUUUGUAUAACACAUAUUGUAUCUAUAUGUAGCUUUAUAAUCAUUACAGUAAAGUAAAUCAAACCAGUCGAGUAAAGUCUAAGACUGAUUUGUCUUAGGCUCUUUAAAUACUAUUUUUAGUACGAUAGGGUAACAUUGUUACUCUCUUUAUUUAUUCAAUAUCUUGGAAUCUCAUGAGGUACCAAUUCAAUUUGGUUCCUAGACGUUUUCUUAGCAGUUAAUUGAUAUAAGGUUGGAUAUUUGACUAAUAAUCACUUAGAUUUUAUUGUGACGAUACUUGUUUCUGUUUAUUAUGUUGAUUAGCUAUUUCACAUUAGCAAUGUAAAGAAAAUUUAUUAAUUUGGAGAAAUAUUAUAUGUCUAUAUCUGCUGAUCGAAAGAAAAGUAGUAAAAGUUUUCUUGAAAUCAUCAUUGUGUACAAAUUGGGAGGCAUUAUAAAUAGUGUUAUAAUUAUAAACUGACAAAAUUUGGGUUCUGCUUUAAAUACACUAAUCACAUUACUGUGAGUACAAAAGGAGAAAAAACAAUAUUACUUACAAAUUAAAAAUACAAAUAAUAACAGAUUUCUACGUGUUAUAUCAAUCAAUUUUAGUUUGAGAACAAAAUAACGUCCGUUGUAAAAUUUAACACUUAGCCAACCGAAUAGCGGAGAUCUCCCCUCUGUGAAGAACAACGCUGCGUGACCGAACGGGGAGAUCUCUCUUUUUGACUUUAGCAACGCGUUUUCUUCUUUUUUUUUUUUUUUUUGUUAUCAGUUAUUGUUUAGCUGGAUAUGUUCCCAAUUAAUUGCGCCAUUUUUUCUGCUUUUAUAAAGUACAGUAUAUAAUAAAAUACACCAAUUUAGUAGUGCUAAAAUUAAUUAAAAAACUACACUAUCAGUUAUGACUAAAUAAAGUUACAGUCGAACGGUACCACACUGUAAAAAAAUAUUAAAAUGCAUUAUGAAUUUUUAAUUUCA